AUGUUGAGUCAGUUUCGAACACUAGCAACUCGACUUCGUGUUCCAGCCAGAAACUUUUCUUCUAAUGCCUUCAAAUCCAAAGCAGUCCCAAAUCGCUCAUUCGCAGCUUCUAAAUCAUAUAGAUUGGUCAUAAGACCCACGGCUAUCCUUGUGGGUGUUGGUGGUUCUGUCUACAUCUUCGACCAGUACGCUUAUCUGUCAUUGAUCACCCGUUCGGUCAGAGCCUUGUAUGUUUUGCUCUGGAUUGCCUAUGAGUAUGGAAUGAACUUGGAUGCGUACCAAGAUCUCAAUGUCCUCCACGAAAAGGCAUCAGAAAGCCUCUUAAACUUGCUUAGAGUAAACAAGGGACUCUACAUCAAGCUUGGACAAGCCAUUGCCAACCAAGGCAACGUAUUUCCUGUAGCAUACCAGAAGCGGUUUUCGCAGCUUUACGAUGAUGCUCCGUUGGACUCCUGGGAUCGUAUAGAUGCACAAUUGAAGAGAAACUUUGGUCCAGAUUACGAAUCAAAGCUUUUUGAAGUCAUCGAUCACGAACCGGUGGCCUCUGCUUCAAUAGCGCAGGUGCAUAGAGCAGUGUUGAAGGAGUCUGGUAAAACCGUAGCUCUAAAGGUGCAACACGACUACAUUGAAAAACAGGUUGUAGUCGAUCUCUGGGUAUAUAAGUUCAUGUCUAAAGUGUACGAGAGGGUUUUUGACAUUCCGUGCAGUUCUUUCACGUCCUAUGUUGCUGACCAGAUUGUCAAGGAAACAGACUUUGUUCAUGAAAUGGGCAACGGUGAUAAAUUGAAGCAAAUCAUCCAGAGCGAUCCGCAGCUCAGACACGUAAAUGUAUAUGUUCCCCAUAAUUACCCUGAGUUCACCACCAACCAAGUUUUGGUCACAGAAUGGAUAGAGGGUAUUUCGCUAAUAGACAAAGACAAGCUCCUAGAUAAAGGAUUCGAUUUGUCGCUUAUCAUGGGGCAGUAUCUCAAUUUCUUUGGCAAACAGAUCUUCAAAUAUGGCUUUGUUCAUUCUGAUCCUCAUCCGGGAAACUUGUUAGCUCGUUUUGAUGAACAUGGUACACAGCAACUUGUACUCCUUGACCAUGGCUUGUAUAUCAGUCUUCCAACCAAGUUCAGGUUGGAGUACUGCAAUCUAUGGAGGUACUUGUUUCUGUUCAAGAAACAAGGCAUAGAAGAAAUUGCCAGAAGCUGGGGAGUUAAUUCUGUAGAAUUUUUCUCGACAUUGGUUCAAUUGAGGCCCAUUGCUUUGGAUCCGCAGGAUGCAAAACUCAUUAAGGACGAACGAGAUGUAAAUAGCUUAUUCCGAGACUUCUUAAGUGAUGAGACAAAGUUUCCUCUUGAAUUUCUCUUUCUCACGAGAACCAUGCGGAUGAUCCAGAAUUUAAACCAAAGCUUCGGAAGUCCUGUGAACAGAAUCAAUCUAUUGACACAGGAGCUGAUCAAUGCUUUGAUGCUAGAGAAAAAGGUCCAAUUGCGGGAAUACUUUGAGUUGUUGCAGAUCAGAGUUACUUUGUUUUUCAGCAAUAUGGUCUUCCUUUUCAUAAGAUUUAGGCAAAUUCUCCUUGGAGAUCGUUACGGUGGUAAAGGUAUAGGAUUGGAGGAUUACAUUGAGGUGUACAUGCAAAAUACAGCCCGGUCCUUAGGGUUCGACUAUGUAGAAGUGUGA